UCCAGUCCCUGGAGGACAGUGGGCAUUAGCUGAGCACCAGGUAGACAACCCAGGCAGCAGGAUAUGUGGCCGCUCUUGGUUCUGUUCCUUCCCAUCGUCCAAGGCUCAUCUGCCCUCGUAGCAGUGUCCAAUGCAGUGAGUGGCCCAUUGCGGGGCUCACUGACUGUGCAGUGUCGCUAUGAACCUGGGUGGGAGACCUACAGUAAGUGGUGGUGUCAAGGAGCUCAGUGGAAAGACUGCCAUAUCCUCGUUCAAACCGAUGGAUCAGAGCGGGAAGAGAAGGGUCACCAUGUGUCCAUCAAGGACAAUCAGAAAUCACGCACAUUCACCGUGACCAUGGAGGAGCUCAGGUGGAACAAUGCAGACACUUACUGGUGUGGGAUUGAGAGAUCUGGAACUGACCUUGGGGUCGAAGUUAAAGUGACCAUUGACCCAGUGACCGUGCAGUGUCACUAUGGCCCAGGGUGGGAGACCUACGUGAAGUCAUGGUGUCCGGAUGCUGAUUUGAAUAGCUGCACCAUCCUUGUUCAAACCACUGGAUCAGAGCUGAAGAAGAACCGGCUGUCCAUCAAUCAGAAAAAGCACACAUUCUCCAUGACCAUUUGGGGCGAGUAAAACAACUUUUGAGAACAAUCAGCUGUUGUAUUGAUGAGUUGCUGCCCAGGCAUUUUAUAGUAUGCCAACUCUGUUUACACCUGAAAUCUAAAAUUUAGAUAAGGCCCCAAGCUUAGAAUUCCUCCAUAAGUUCCUACUUUGCUCUUUCUGGGACACAUUUCAAAAUAAUCACUUGGAGUUGAGCCCAUGAAAAAUCAGUGACCUCUGUCCCGACCACCCUAUAAGUAACAGGACCUGCCACCCUGCUCUCAGUCUCCUGCUCGCUUGUGGUCUGGGAUGGAGGACUGCCCUUCCCAGGCUCACUGGGCGCCUCUUCCCUACAGCUGUAAGCAAUAAACUUUGUGACUCUCCUUCCUUUGUGUGGGUGUAUUGAAACUGUGCCUUCCAUUAAAUUGACCCUGGUUGUUUCAUGUCCCCAGAGUGGGAGCUUGGCUGUUGAGGGAGCUCCCUGCCCACCC